AUGGGCGACGCGGCGCCGCAAUGGAUGAUCCAGCUCCUCUCCCAGCAGAAGGAUGAACUACUCAAGGCCGUGAAGCCCGAGGCCCAGAUCAUCGAAGCAGUCUUCGAGAACAGGAUGUCCGAGCAGGACAAGAAUAUCAAGGAGUUGGCGGACAAGAUCAAGGAGCAGGGCCAGAAGAUCACCAUCCUCGAGCAGCGCCGGCCGAUGGCUUCAUCCCAGGCUUCUACUUUCGCAGCCCCAUCGCGUAUCAGCAACGACGACGGCACCAAGAGCCGCCGCACUGAUGUUGCGACCAACCCGUGCGUCAAGUUCGUUGGCACUUUCCCUCGACCUCUCCUGCAGCGUACUCGGCAAGAACACUUCGAGACCCUCAAGGCCCAGUUCGACGAGCUCACGGACGAUGUCGAGGUCACCUACGACACCGUGAACCAGAACUACCGUAUCACUUUCAAGAGCCCGCUGGUUGCGAACAAGUCCCAGCAGCUUGCCAACCAGGCAGGCAUCUUCUGGAGCGGCCCUCGUGAUCAGAAGCAGUACCCUCGACGAGUACGCGGCGACAUGCCGCUAGAAGUUCGUCGGGAAAAAAGUGCUGUUGCUGCUCUCUGGCCGCUCAUCUACGGGAAGAUUUCCAUUCAGCCCAGCUGGUCAUCCGCCCACAGGCUCGGCGUGAACGGCCACAAGGGAGUCCUGCAGGUCACGGCCGAUGACGUAUGGGAGCUUGUCAAAGCAGUUCCGAUGGGCACUGACACCUUCCACUUUCAGGCCGAGCAGGCGAACCUAACCCGCCGGGGCAUCAGCUCGUCGGAGACCACGAACAUAUUCAAGCUCGCGCAGGCCACGGUGCCCGAGGAAUCCAACUUCAGUUGGCAAGCUCUCCAGUUAAACAACAUUUCAUUCGAGAACAAGAUGUCCGAGCAGGACAAGAAUAUCAAGGAAUUGGCGGACAAGGUCAAGGAGCAGGGCCAGAAGAUCACCAUCCUCGAGCAGCGCCGGCCGAUGGCUUCAUCCCAGGCUUCUACUUUCUCAGUCCCAUCGCGUAUCAGCAACGACGACGGCGCCAAGCGCCGCCGCACUGAUGUCGCGACCAACCCGUGCGUCAAGUUCGUUGGCACUUUCCCUCGACCUCUCCUGCAGCGUACUCGGCAAGAACACUUCGAGUCCCUCAAGGCCCAGUUCGACGAGCUCACGGACGACGUCGAGGUCACCUACGACACCGUGAACCAGAACUACAAUAUCACUUUCAAGAGCCCGCUGGUUGCGAACAAGUUCCAGCAGCUUGCCAACCAGGCAGGCAUCUUCUGGGGUGACCCUCGUGAUCAGAAGCAGUACCCUCUACGAGUGCGCGGCGACAUGCCGCUAGAAGUUCGUCGGGAAAAAAGUGCUGUUGCUGCUCUCUGGCAGCUCAUGCACGAGAAGAUUUCCAUUCAGCCCAGCUGGUCAUCCGCCCGCAGGCUCGGCGUGAACGGCCACGAGGGAGUCCUGCAGGUCACGGCCGACGACGCAUGGGAGAGCGUCAAAGCAGUUCCGAUGGGCAUUGACGCUUUCCACUUUCAGGCCGAGCAGGCGAACCUAACCCGCCGGGGCAUCAGCUCGUCGGAUGCCACGAACAUAUCCAAGCUCGCGCAGGUCACGGCCCGCGACGCGAGGUUAAACGACAUUUCAGUCGAGAUUGCGAGUAUCCACGUCGACCCCUCUCUCCCAGAGUCCACGAUCAGGGGCCACUUCGCAACUCUGAAGAGAGCGCUGGGGAGGAAAUGCGACAAUGGUUUCAAGCUGCUCGUGAUACUGACGAUCACUUCAUCCUUCAUAGGCGCCUCCAGGAGCGGCCGCGGCAAGAAGCCCGGCUGCCCGGGCGCGUCCCAGAGGGCGUUCUCCUCCUCGCCGUACUGCGUGUCCACGGCAGGCCAGGCCUCGCGGCCCGGGCCCAAGUGCAGCUUCGGCAUCCGCUCCAAGGCGGGCCCGGGCGGCGCCGGCGGCGGGCUCGCAGGCGGCCCAGGCCCCGGCGCGCACUGCGUCGACAGCUUGGUGGAGGACCGGCUCGCCCGCUUCAGGCCCGCCCCGAAGUUCAGCUUCGGCACCGCCGCCCGCCUCGCCGACGUGGCCCCGAAGACGGUGCCCGGGCCGACGGACUACUCCGUCCUGGAGGCCUCCGGCCCUUGGAGCUCCAGAGGGCCCGCCGUCAGCAUGACGCCCCGCCGCAGCGAGCCCGCGCGCGGGGGCCGCUUCGAGAAGAGCCCCGGGCCCGGGUCGCACGACCUGCCCGCGCUCGCCGGCGCCUCGCCGAGGAUCACAAUCAACAUGAGCCCCCGGACGGACCCCGCGCGUGCGCAGACGGCCCCAGGGCCGGGCCACUACGGAGGCGGCGGCGCCCCCCUCGGCGACGUGGAUAGGCGAAAGGAGACGGUGUACGGCUCCAGCCCCAGGUGCACCUUCGGGACCGCCCCGAGGCGGAGCCCCGCGAGGCCCCGGAAGGCCCCAGGACCGGGCGCGUACCGGCUGGCCUCGAAGCCUCAUGGCCCACAGUGGUCCAUGCGCCCAGCUACCGUACCUGUGCGUCUUCAACAGGGGCACAGCCGCUGCUCCGAGGCCGAGUUCACGCAGCCGUCGGCAGAGCUGGCUGAGCCGCCCUAG